AUGGCUGCUGCGCAGAGCGGAUCCGAGUUGCACGGCACGCCAGACAUGAAGCCAACCAAUUCUGUCCCAGAAGACGACCAGAUCGGUUCCAGCGGGUCGACUCCCACAGGCAUCGCGACGCCGCGCCCCGAUCCCGCAGACAAGCGUCUGCCUUCCAUCAUGCACAACUAUUUCCAGGUCUGCCGCGGUUUUGGUCAUGCCUGUCGAAAUCCUCUGUGGACCCCCCCUCCAUCGGCCACACCCACUCACCCGGGCGCUUCCUCCGAAUCCUUCGUCAUGCUGGACCGCGAUGACUCUGAGAAAAUGGAAGCGCCACACCCCAAUUUGCCUACUCCUCCACACUCCCUUCUCCAGACCGAGUCGGACGAGAUGGAACUCGGGACCAGUCUUGAUAAGGACGACGGGGGAAUUUUGAGCACUUUGAAGAAUUAUCUCAUUCCACACAACGCCCCCGUCGACUCUCCUUCUCGCCGUCAAACUUCCCUACCAGUCUCCAGUGUCUCUGAUGACCCGGUCCUUGCCACCCAUUUCUCCAAUCCAUCCCUCCCUCCUGCUUCAGAUGCCCUGUUGCCCUCCGGGGCUCCCUUGUUCGAUCAUGAAAGGCCGCGUGCUUCAAUCUCUUCCGUGAACCUUUCCAAGCUGACUGACAAGGCACCCAAUGUGGUGCCAUUGAAGAAUACCCCACCUCUGACUCCACGAGCCAUGUCCAACGAGGAUUCUGAAGAGAAGAACCCAGCUUCCCCGGCUACUUCGGCACCCCACGAGGCUGAGGCUAAGGCCCAGGCCGAGGCCGAGGUCGAGGCCGAAACCACUCCACCCGUUCAGGAUACCAUGGACAGCUCCGCCGACGAGAUUACCACCAAGCUUGAGGAGGCCUUUCCGCGUGAAUCAUCUUCUUCCCCACAAACCGGAGCGCCCGUAGGAGCACUCAAGGGGAAACUUUUCGUGAAGAUCUCCGAAGCUCGCGGUUUGCGCCCCAGUACUGACCCUUACGUGGUGUGUGUCUUUGAGUGGAACGAGUAUAUCUCCAAGGGUGCGAAGGAUGGUGAAGAGGAGCAGAAGCAGCGCCAGAUGGAUGCCGAGGCCGAGGCCGGUCGGCCGAUGGCCAUUCCGAUGAAGAGCCGUCAAAGCAGUCACAACAGCGCCCUUGAUGGCGAAAACAAGGGAAAAAAGCUCGUAACCGACCCUCACUGGGAUCAUGAGGCCGUCUUCGAUGUCUUGGGUGAUCAAUCAGAAGUUGAUGUCACUGUGUAUGAUCGCCACAAUCAAGAGACUUUUCUGGGUCAUGUUCGGCUCGGUAUCGAUCUGAAGGAGGACCACAGCAGGCUGGAAGGGUGGUUCCCUCUUGUUGGUCGUGCAGCCGGUGACAGCCAGGUCACCGGCGAGAUCCACCUCCAGAUGCGAUUUGAGAUGACCGACCGUAGACAGGUGGGCCCGAGCGACUUCUCAAUUCUCAAGCUUAUCGGUAAGGGUACUUUCGGUCAAGUCUAUCAAGUGAUGAAGAAGGAUACCGAGCGCAUCUACGCCAUGAAGGUCCUGUCGAAGAAGGUGAUCAUUCAGAAGAAGGAGGUGGCACAUACUUUGGGCGAGCGCAAUAUUCUAGUGCGCACCGCCAUGACAGCCUCGCCUUUCAUCGUCGGCCUCAAGUUCUCCUUCCAAACACCCACCGACCUCAUCUUUGUCACGGAUUACAUGUCUGGUGGUGAAUUGUUCUGGCACCUCCAGCGUGAAGGUCGCUUCCAGGAGGCUCGUGCCAAGUUCUACAUCGCUGAACUUAUCCUGGCCCUGCAACAUCUUCACGACCACGAUAUUGUGUAUCGGGACCUAAAGCCAGAGAACAUUCUGCUGGAUGCCAACGGUCACAUUGCCCUUUGUGAUUUCGGUCUUUCCAAGGCAAACCUGACACAGAAUGAUACCACCAACACGUUCUGCGGUACCACCGAAUAUCUUGCUCCGGAAGUCCUGCUUGAUGAGCAAGGUUACACAAAGAUGGUUGACUUCUGGUCUUUGGGUGUUUUGGUCUUUGAGAUGUGCUGUGGUUGGAGCCCGUUCUACGCCGAAGACACUCAGCAGAUGUACAAGAACAUCGCUUUCGGCAAGGUCCGAUUCCCUCGUGAUGCUCUCAGUACCGAGGGUCGCAAUUUCGUGAAGGGUUUGCUAAAUCGUAAUCCCAAGCACCGUCUGGGAGCCAACGGUGACGCUAAGGAGCUGAUGGCACACCCCUUCUUCCACGACAUCGACUGGGAUGCUCUCUGCCGCAAGCAGGUCAUUCCCCCCUUCAAGCCGAAGCUGCAGUCGGACACCGACACCUCGAACUUCGAUCCCGAGUUCACCAAUGCCCUGGAAAACAACAUGUCGCUGAACGACCGCGCGGCGGCCUUGGCCAACGGCCUCAUGCCUGCUGGGGCCACUCCCUUGUCCCCCGGCAUGCAGGCCAACUUCAAGGGCUUCACAUUUGUGAACGAGAGUUCUAUCGACCACCAUGUGAAGGACCCCGUGGAUGAGAUGGACGAGGACCCCAUUCACGACGAAGCAUGGCAGCCCACUCAUCGGUCGCAAACGUCGACCGACCAACAUAUGAGUGGCAUCCCGAAGGCAGAUGGCGCGGAGCCAGGUAUCUUCAACGUUGACGAUAAUUUUGACAUGUGA